CUUCCUUUUGAUGGUAUUUGGAUUGAUAUGAAUGAGCCAGCCGCUUUUGGAACUAACGAAUUCCAUCCAUUUUAUUUUGAGGAUCCUGAAAGGCCAGCGAAUAUUGCCCCACUAAAGUGUCCUAUAAAUGGGCCAGCUUCCAAAUAUGACAGUCCACCAUAUGAAACAUGGAAUUCCUACAACUACAAUUAUGCCGAAUCUGCACAAACCUAG